AUGGAAUUCUCUUCCCUUCCACUAACCGGUGCUCCUUUACAUCCAUUGAAUUCGGAAAAAAGAAGCAUAUUUGGAAUGUCUCGCCCUAUUGAAGCUGUUAAAGACAUCAAUGAUUCCAAAGAUUUAUGGAAAAUUGCUGUUAGAUGCAAGCAUAUGUGGACUGUAACCAGUGCUUCAAACAAGGAGCACAUAGAGAUGGUAUUAGUUGAUUCAAAGCUGGAUUUGAUUCAAGCUAUUGUGCCAUCUUAUUUGGUUCCGAAAUUCAAGAUGUCUACAAAGCAUAAUUGCAAAUUGGUUUUCUGUGGAUCUACUUCUGUGAAAAAAAUGGACAUUGACAGCAUUCCUUCAAACUACUUAAACAUACUUGGUUUGGAUGCAAUAGUUGAAGGAAAAUUUCAGUCUAAUUUGUUAGUUGAUGUCAUUGGAGGAGUUACUGAGAUUUCUCAAUCCCAAAUAAUACCUGACAAUAACAAGAGCAAAGUGGUUUUCACAUUGACUGACAUGAGCAAAAACUCUGUUCAAUGUACUCUAUGGGGUCAACUUGUUGUCCAACUCUAUGAAUAUUAUACAAAUAACAAGGAUGAUGGCAAUAUUGUUGUUUUACUUAUUAAUGCAAGAAUUAAGGAAGCACAAGGAGCUUAUCCAUUGAAUGUAUCCAACGCAUGGAGUGGCACAAGAUUAUUGAUAAAUGAUGUUAGCGUUAAUGAGAUAAACGAGCUUAAAGAAAGUCUGAAGAAUGAAUUACCAUUGUUGUCUUCUUCGAGUCUGCAAGUGGAUGUCACGCAGAACUCACAGUUCUCAGAAUUCGAUAAGUUUGUGUGGAAAGCUCAAAUUUUGAGUCUGGAAGAAAUUGCAAUUCUUCGUGAUUCAGGAUGGUUUUAUGAUGGAUGUGUUGAAUGUACUAGAAGUGUCUCUUUAAAGGAUGGAAAACUGAUGUGUUAUUCCAAACAUGUGUCUGCAGAGCCUGUUCCAAGGUUUAGGCUUGAUGUCUUGGCUUCCGACGGUAAAUUCAAGUAUAAGUUUAUUUUUUGGGACGUUGAUUGUGUAAAGUUGAUUGGAAAGUCUGCUCUUCAAAUGAAAACAGAAUUGAUCAAGUUUGGAGAAUAUGAUCCACUUGAGUUCCCUUACGAACUUGAUUCAAUCCUCAAAAAGGAGUUCGCUAUAAGAGCAGUAUUUUUGCCCAACAAGGCACAUCUAUCUGUAAUUGCAUUUAAAUGUGACGAGGAUAUCCGUAAGAGGAUAAGGGAUAGCUUCAAAACUGAGGAGCAUACUUCAAAGCUUCAAACUCCGGAUCAUUUGUCACAGGAGGACUUGCUAACUAUUUCUGAGCCCAUAUCUGCAUCUGCUGAUUAUGAUCCUACAGAUGGUAAUUCAGCCCUUACUCCAUCAAAAAGGUCUCUAACUGAUGCAGUCGAUGAUUUAGAGAGUGUCCAACUGUCUUCCACCAAGCUUACAAAGGAUAUAAAGAUGGAAAAAUAA